CCAGUGAAGAUAGAAUCUGCCCCCUUGUGCUUGUCCUUCUUAUCAUCGCAACUACAGGUCGUGAACCAAAUUCUAACCGCGGAGCCUGUUCCGACAGCCGAAUUCGUCUUGAUCAUGUCGUGUUUCGUCCGGCGCGGACCCUCUUUCGUCCUGAUCCUCGACUAAGGCGGGGGGACUCGCGGGGUUCGCGCGCAUUCCGACAAGAUCUUUUGAGCUUUGACGGGGUGAUCUUGCGAGGGAUGCUGUCGAAGGAAAAGUUGCGACUUUGCUUCUUUUAGGACCCACUUCGAGCAGCUGCUGAUUUGAGGUUUUCUCUGGAGAUUGUAUGCUGCGGCAUCAGGGUUGUUCCCGGGGUUUUGCGGAGUUGCCUGGACUUUCGUUCCUUGCAGAUGAAGUGUUCGACGAAAUGCCCGUGAAGGGUGACUGCCGUAGUUUGCUCCAGUAUUGAACCGGUGACGACGAACGACGAUUGCGGGGAUUCAUUUGGGUCGGUGUUUUUCUUAAGUUGAAACCUUGAAUGGAAGCCAAAUUCGUUUUUUUGCAAAGACGGGCGAUUGCGAAAUGCUUUUCUCAAGAGUUUCUCGCCUCCUCCUUCACAAAUCCAAUGACCAAAUCCCGGUCUCUUUGUUUCGUCACCUAAAGACCCUCCCUUCAGCUUCCUCCUUCGAUGAAUCUCCUCUGCAGACCCGCAAGAAAGAUGACUACUUUGCAGUUGUCCAGCACAUUUCCAACAUUGUUCGCCACGACUACUACAUGGAGCGGACUCUCAACAAAAUGCGCGUUUCCCUAAACUCCGACCUUGUCUACCGCGUCCUUCGUGCCUGCUCCCGCUGCGGCACCGAGUCGUUACGGUUCUUCAACUGGGCUCGCACCUGCCAGCCUGCUUCCUAUGCCCCCACUUCAGUUGAAUAUGAAGAGAUUGUCAUGAUCUUGGCUCAAACCAAGAAGUAUGAGUCCAUGUGGAAGAUCAUCCACCAAAUGAAAAGUCAGCAUCUGGGUCUUUCUCCAAAAACUGCGUGUUUCAUCAUUGAGGAGUUUGGUAAGCAUGGGCUUAUUGAUCAGGCGAUCGAGAUCUUCAAUAAGUUGAAGCACUUCGAUUGUAAGCAGAAUGUCGAUGUUUACAAUUCUUUGCUGUUUGCUCUUUGCGAAGUUAAGAUGUUUCACGGGGCUUAUGCUCUGAUCAGGCGGAUGAUCAGAAAAGGAGAGGUUCCGGAUAAGCGAACCUUCGCAAUCCUUGUUAAUGGCUGGUGCUCUGCUGGUAAAAUGAGGGAGGCACAGGACUUUUUAGAGGAGAUGAGUAGAAAAGGGUUUAAUCCUCCAGUGAGGGGUCGUGAUCUUUUGAUUGAAGGGCUGUUGAAUGCAGGUUAUUUGGAGUCUGCUAAGGGAAUGGUGAGGAAGAUGACUAAGGAAGGGUUUGUGCCUGAUGUUGGGACCUUUAAUUCUUUGAUGGAAGCCAUUGUGAAAUCCGGGGAGCUUGAUUUUUGUCUUGGUCUUUAUCAUAGCGUAUGCAAACUAGGACUAUGUCCUGACAUCAGUACUUACAAACUUUUGAUUCCAGCUGUUUCUAAGGCAGGAAUGAUUGAUGAGGCUUUCAGGCUUCUGCAUAAAUCGAUUGAGGAUGGACAUAAGCCUUUUCCUAGUCUAUAUGCACCUAUAAUAAAAGGGAUGUGCAGGAGGGGACAGUUUGAUGAUGCAAUUAGUUUCUUCAGCGAAAUGAAACUUAAGGGGCAUCCACCUAAUCGGCCAGUUUAUACAAUGUUGAUAACCAUGUGUGGACGAGGAGGUAGGUAUGUAGAGGCUGCUAAUUAUUUGGCGGAGAUGACUGAGUUUGGCUUUACGCCCAUUUCCCGGUGCUUUGACAUGGUUACUGAUGGCUUAAGGAGUUGCGGGAAGCAUGAUCUAGCUGAAAAGAUGAUGCAGUUAGAGGUCUCCCUACAGUGAUUCAUGAUGGCUAUUUUAAUUUUGAAAGGUAUCAUCGUUGUCAUUUAAGACGUGAUGUCAGCUGUAACAGUCAUAUAUUCACUUGGAUUGAAGCUUCAACCUGACGAUCAUGAAGUCCAGAAUUUACAGAUUCUUACCCUGAUGUUUUAUCCAUCAAUGUUUCUCCUUAAGAUUUCUUUUCCACACAUUUGCUGGCUUGACAAUCUGGGUGCCCUCGAAUCAAGCAAGGUCUGAUCGAGGAGGAUUUUAGAGGCUUUGUCCUACUUUCAAGACAUCCAGUUUGUUGGGCAGUGACUAUCGCUAGUGUAUAAUUUAUGAACAAGUUUGAGAGUAGAAAGCCCAUUGGAGAAGCUUGAAUUGGAUAUGCUGAAACAAGCGAAAUUGGAUGUACAUGGUUUGGCAUAAGCGCAGUAUGGCUUGCUUCUUUUUGGAAUUUCAUUCUAGUUGUUGUUGGACACCUAGUAACUAUUUCAGUUUUGCCUCAGUAGAUUUGAUCUUUAAGUUUUUUUGCUCUGUCUCGAUGGAGUCACUGUUGACAGAGCCUCUAAAUUCUGGUGAUAAGACCUCGGAGUAGCCAUUAUGUAUCUAUGAUGCGAGGGUUUCUAUCUUUUGGGUUGAAGCUGAAAAAGAAAGCAGAAGACGCUAUAAAAAAUUUCUUGCAGGAUCUGUUGCUUUGGGUUGAAUUUUUAAAGGAAGAUAGUCCUCAUGGUCGUUUCAUGUGGUGAUCAAAGGAAGCUGACCGUUGUCGAUGAUUACGUAAUUGAGAAGAGUAAUUUCAGCAGACAGUUCCUGUUUCGAAUUGGGAUAUUGGACAGGCCAAUUCUACCCUCUCUCCUGCUUGUGCUGCAACAACAUUAGUGAAUUUUUAUCUUAAUGUGGAAGCUCUGCAAAAUCCCGUUAGGAUCAAAACGGGAAACUUUUUGUGGACAGUUCCUGGAAAAUCAGAGUUUUGUAGUUAAUGCACUGCACAAUGUCAAUGCUCGGUUAUAUGCUGAUUGAUGGUCUUGUAUUUCCAGAAACUAUUCUUGAGUCAGGAACACUGCCCAAGAGACGUGGCCAACUAGAAAAACAAAAAGGAGAAGAAAAUCUUCGAGGUUUCUGUUCAGAUUUGAAAACAAGAAAGAACGAACGCGUAGAAUGUACUUUCACCUACAUCGCAAUAUUAAGUAGUGGGAGACAGUAUUAUACAUUCAGAAAGAAGCACACCAGCAUGGGGACCUGAUUUAUACGUCGUAACCGACAUUGCAAACAAGAAGACCAGAGACUUCAUCUGAAGAAUCCAGACACAUAGCAAAUUGAAAUCUCAGAUAGACCUAACUAGAUUGCCAAAGAUAGCAGUUGCCCUAAAUGAUGUCCUUUGGCAUUGUUGUGGUUCACCCUGCCUUCUCAUCAUAACCAUCAUCACAUGCACUGCAUCUUUGCCUUCUGAUCAUCUCACAACCCAUCAGGACUGGGGUCACAAACCCCAGAUGAAUCAAGUUCUGAUCCAAAAGCUGACUCAGGGAAGUUUCUCUUAGUCUGCUUAGAAAGUGAAGAACUUGAAGGGCUUUUGAGUGCCUUUUUGUAGGUGUUUGUAGUGGUAGGAUCUUCUCAGCAUAUGCUUCGAAGGAACAACUUUUUCUCCUCCACUUUGUAUUAGUCACCAACAUCUUAGAAAUCACAAGGAAUCUUCUGUGA